AUGACGACGCCGACGUCGACUCCGACGGCGAUGCCGCCGCCGACCCCGGCAUCGACGGCGAUGCCGACGACGACUCCGGCACCGGGAAAAAAUAUGAAAAAGCGCAUAAAUGAGGCCAUACGACGGGCCGUAAAUAAAGAGCGGCGAAAAUUCAACCGAAGACCCGGACCUGCACAAAAAUAUAUGCCCGGGCCACCCGGAGGUUAUUAUAUUCCUGCACCAGGAUAUAUAACCGGCGCAGGAGGAUACGCUCCCGCGCCAGGAUAUGUGCCCGGUGCCGCAGGAUACAUGCCGGCACCGGGAUAUGUGCCUGGCGCAGUAGGGUACGCUCCCGCGUCAGGUUAUGUGCCUGGUGCUGCAGGAGAUCCGUCUUCUUCCUGGAUGGUUUGGGAUCUUCAGGUGGCUUCCUGGGCUGGUCUGGAUUUUCCUGAGAUUUCCUUGGUGGAAUGA